UGUACCAAGCAGCAAGCUGGUGUAUUUAUCGUUACAAAAAAUUUCGGUUAUAUUUAUUAUUCUAAAUGUAAUAUUGUUAUAUAUAGUUAAACAGCAAUAAUAAUUAAUAUUUUGAAAAUAUAAAAAUUAUUUUUUAAUACAUUUUAAUACAUAAUUUAAAAAGAACUUUCUAAGUUCUUUUAAAUAGAGGUUAAGGUUGCAUAAAUAUAGAAUUAUUUUGCAGUUUAAAGAUAUAGAAUUGAAUUCAAAACAACUGGGACAUUUCCUAAUCUAUCUGUUAUAAGAAGUAAGAAAUAUGGAGAAAAAUAUGUUUAAUAUCAAUUCAUCCAAAUCAUCAUCACAGUCAUUAGAAAUAAGUGAAAACAGAAUGGGAAAUGACAUGAAUUUGGAUAACAUAGCGCUUUAUCUUAUUGGUACUAAAGAAAGGUUUAGAGAAAAUAUUAUAAUUCCAAGAACUGUGGGACCUGUACAACUUAAAACUGAUCUUCAAGGAGUAAUGGACAGUUGCAUCGGGAAAAGUAUUGUUUCUUCUAUUAUAGGGUAUGGCAUAGGAGCUGCAAUGGGUUUAUUCACAUUUAGUUUAUUUCCAAGUGCGGCAAGCAUUGAAAAACAGCAAACUGUUCGUGAAGUUUUUAUAGAAAUGAAAACUACAACACUAAGUCAUGCAAAAAGUUUUGCUGUAUUUGGUUUUGCAUGUGUGGCAAUUGGAUGUGCGAUAGAAUCGUAUACAGGAAAAUCUAAUUUGAAGAUUGAGGCAUGUGCUGGUGGUUUAGCAGGUGGAAUAACAGGUCUAAGAGCUGGUGCGAAAGCAGGUUUACUUGGAGCAGCAAGUGGUGCAGCAUUUUUAACGGUGGCAACCUACUAUAUGCAUAAAUAUUAAACAAUGUUAUAAGUUACAGUAGAUAUAUAUUUCUAUAAAAAAAGUAUAAAACACUUCGAAUAUGCCUGUACAAUACAUAUAAAAAGCACAAGAACAUUCUUAGUAUAAAAAUGCAUACACAUAAGUACAAUAGUUAAAAAAUAAAGUAAAUUCACAUAAUA